AUGAAACCCCGGUUAAUAUUCCAGUACUUUGCCUAUUCGUUUUUAGUAUUCUUGCCCUUUAUUAACACAUUACCAUGCUCUUAUCAGAAUCCCCGAAUAGAAGAUGUCCUCUUAGAAGUCCCCAUAGAACACCACCAUCCGCAUCGCCAUCGAAGGGACUCUGAAAAUCCCACUGAAACCCCACCAGACCUUCAAAAGUUCGCUCCAUUGAGAAUCCAGUUACAUUAUGAUAAAAGUAUACAAAAUCUGACAGCGGAAGUUCAACAUUUUGUGAAUACAACAUUGUUACCAGAAGCUGUUGGAUAUUGGGAGAAUGCGUUGAGAGUUAGACCAAUGAAAACUCCAAUUCGAUUGAGAAGAAAAUGCAUAUCUUCAUUCUACUAUUAUAAACAGGGAAUGCGAAAUGUAGCAUGUGACAAAGGUUGUAGGGAAAGAACGACUUGCGGAGAGGCAGACAUUCCCAACGACCACUUAUUGGAUUGCCUGGCAUGUAAUAACACUGAUGACUGUCAAACAACUGGAGAGAUGGGAGAAGGUGUUAAGGAAUCUGAUUUUAUUUUAUACGUCACUGCGCACAAUUCUAAACGUUGUGAGGGCCCAGAAACGCUAUCCUAUGCUGCUCACUGUCAACAAGAAGCAGACUUCGAUCGUCCGAUUGCUGGAAAUGUGAAUCUUUGUCCUAGCGCACUUUCUGUUCAUAACCAUGACUAUGAGAUUCUGACGAGUACUGUAAAACAUGAGAUUCUCCAUGCAUUGGGAUUUUCUGUUGGGUUAUACGCAUUUUUCCGGGAUAAAGAUGGAAAACCGAGGACUAAAAGGAAUCGCUACGGCCGUCCGACAUCAUUGAACAAACAGCGAGGGUAUUAUGACUGGGACAAGAACACGAUAACGACAGUGUUGAGAGAAGAGUGGUGGACCGGAGAAGGCAAAGUAAUUCAUCCGAUUCAAAUGAUGGUUACACCCAAGGUUCGAGAAGAAGCUAGGAGGCAUUUCGGAUGUGAUAAGUUGGAAGGGGCGGAGCUUGAGAAUCAAGGAGGCGAAGGAACGGUUUUGACGCAUUGGGAGAAGAGGGCAUAUGAGAAUGAAGCAAUGACCGGAACUCAUACCCAAAACCCAGUUUAUUCUCGCUUGACCCUGGCGUUUCUAGAAGACACUGGAUGGUACCAACCUAAUUAUGAAGUAGCCGAAGAUCUCCAUUGGGGCAAACAGCUGGGAUGUGAUUUCGCAAUGAAAAGUUGUGGAGAGUGGAUUCAUCAGAAGAGGAUACUUGGUGAAGAUGCGUAUCCAUACUGUAGUGAUAUCAAACACGAUGGUACCAAAUCCAUGGCCAUCACCAGAUGCACUUCCCAACGUGACUCUUUGGCUCUAUGCAACCUAAUCCCAUUCCAAAAAGAGCUUCCACCCCAAUACCGUAACUUUAUGAGUCUGCCUGGAGUGAAUCCAGACGGUGCAAAGUAUUACGGUGGAUCCGUUGAAAUGGCCGAUUAUUGUCCAUUUUUACAAGAAUUCGAAUGGAAAAUGCCAGAAAAAGAGCACAAAGACUCGAGAUGUGAGCUGGAGGGAAAUGGAAAAGAAGGCGAGGAUAUUCUAGAAGUCUAUGGAGAGAAUUCCAAAUGUUUCGAAUUUCCAAAACCAUGGACAGAGAGAAAGUGUGGGAGGAUAAGAGUACUGUCGCAUUAUAUGGCUGGGUGUUAUGAGUACCAAUGCACAAAUGGAACCCUCUAUGUUGGCUCCUACAACGCUACAGAUAUGUACCCCUGCUACGCAGAAAACCAAAAAGUGCAUAUCAAAAAAGUGGUUGAUGGUUGGCUGAGAGAAGGAUCUUUAAUCUGCCCAAAGUGCUCGGAUUACUGUAGCAGCUGUGGACCGCCUAUUGUCAUUCCAGAUUAUAUUGGGGAUCCAGAAUUGGAUGAACCAUGCUUCGCAUUCUCUAAAUUCUCAGUUUUUGGGCUCUUUUCGUGUUAUCUGGCUAUUCUGUACAUUCGAUUUUGA